GCCAUCUGAGCAAGAGGAGAGCAUUUCAUUGACAUAAAAAAAAAAAAAAAAAACUAAAUUAUUUUUCUUCAUUCAAGCUGGCAAGUGGACUGUUUUAUUUUUUUUCUUCUUUUUUUGUUGUUCCUUGGGAAUCCGCCGCUUCGUCACGCCUCUUUAUUAGAAUUGCAGACACUUGCGCGCCCGCCGACUUGCUUCAUCGGAAAGAUUGAAUAAUUCGUGCCACGGUCACGGCGCGUCGCCCCCCCCCCCCCCCCUGCCCCGGGUGAUCCUUUCCUGUCUUUCUCCGUACCUUCCCGGUGUCUCCUCGCUGGAUUUAUCGACCGUUGAAGCUGCGCACGCAUCUCGAAUAUCAUCUGUUGCUGCCGCCGCUACCGGAGGAGAAUCAAUCCCGGCAUCUGCGAUGUGAUGAUUAAAAAGAGGGACAUUUUAUUGAACAUUUUGGGGUAAAAUGGACGAACAGGUGUUGUUACUUUUAUUGCUGCUGCUGUCCUUACACUCGAUGCUGCUCCCGCUGCUGUGAUUGGAUUCAUCAUGAUCCGUCUAUGCCGCCGACCCCCCCUCCCUCAUUGAUCCACGCCGUAAGUUUAAUAGCCGCGUGAGCAUUUCGGCGUGAAGUGAUCCAGCGAGACACGCACGGUGGGGAGAAAAAAAAAGCAAUCAAUCAAAACUAAAUCAAAAUAAUAACGUGGAUGUAUCCCCCACCCCGCUCCACGACAGCCCCGCAGGUUUGAUUUCUCCCACUUUCCACGCAAAUGUUGAUGAUGGAGGACGACGAACUGGACGCUCAUCAGGUUGAUUCGGAUUUCGAGCCGCAAAGCCGGCCUCGCUCGUGCACCUGGCCGCUGCCAUGUCCGGAGGACUUCCCCGAGGUCACCGGGGGGCUCCCGCUGGCCGGCAUCAAGGUGGAGCCGGAGGACGUGCCGGCGUGCCGAGCCGGGGUGCUGGCGGGCGGCGCGCCGGGCGAGCUCAAGCAUCCGGCCGGCGCCACGCACCCGUGCCUGGACGCCAGCGGACCGUUGCGCAAAGCGAAGUCGUCGCGGCGGAACGCGUGGGGGAACCAGUCGUACGCGGACCUCAUCACCCGCGCCAUCGAGAGCACCCCGGAGAAGAGGCUCACGCUGUCGCAGAUCUACGACUGGAUGGUCCGUUACGUGCCCUAUUUCAAGGAUAAAGGCGACAGCAACAGCUCGGCCGGGUGGAAGAAUUCCAUCCGUCACAAUCUGUCCCUGCACACACGUUUCAUCCGUGUUCAGAAUGAGGGCACUGGAAAGAGCUCCUGGUGGAUGUUGAACCCCGACGGAGGGAAGAUGGGAAAGGCCCCAAGACGGCGAGCUGUCUCCAUGGACAACAACACCAAGUAUCUGAAGAGCAAAGGUCGCAUUCGAGGCAAGCGGGUCGGACGUCCCGGAAUUGGAGCAGGGUCAACUGUCGUGGGGCUACAGGGCUCCCCUGACCAUGGAAGCCCACCGCACAAAGGUCUACCUAGUUCUGGAGGGACUUCUGGGACGGACAGUGAGUUUGACACCUGGACAGAUCUCCACUCCAGGGCCAGCUCGUCAGCCUCCACCCUGAGCGGGCGUCUGUCACCCAUCCUUGCAGAGGGGGAACCGGAGGAACCUGAUGAGGGAGGCCUGUCCUGUUCCACCUCCCCCCACCUCUACCCAUCGCCCACUGCCCACUCUCCAUCCAUGGGGGCAGGCAACCGCUGUCCUCCCCUUGAGCAAUUGCCUCAGCUGGCAAACCUGACAGGUGCCAUCAGUCUUGAUGAACAGCUGAUGGAGGAUGGCUAUCAUCAUCAUCAUUCACAGCAGCAACACCAACAGCAUCCCUCUGUUGGCAGGCAUAAGCACCAAACCUCAGUCUACCACUACAGUUCUGGUGUGAAGAGCCAGGUCUCCUAUGGUACAGGCGGGUAUGGUACAACAGGCAUGGGCAUGAUGCGCCACCACUCGCCCAUGCAAACUAUCCAAGAGAACAAGCCAGCCAGGUUCUCCGGGACGAUGCGGACGUACUCCAGCACCAACGCACUGCAGAGUCUUUUAACAGGAGGGUCAGCUGGGCAGCCGUACUGCCCCAAGGAAAUGAUGCUGGGCCUGAAGAGAGAAGGGCAUCCCUUGAUGUCGUGUAAUGGCUCCAACCCUCACAGCCACCACGCUGGUCACCACAACGGCCACGGCCAGAGCCACAACAGAACUCACAGCCAUACGCCCGCUCAUAAUCACAACUCAUCUCACAGCCUCAGCCACAAUAGCAUCAGCCAUAACCACACCCCACCCCGAGCGCUGCCCCUGAACCCAUGCGGCAACGGUAAUCCACUGCAGACCUAUAAUCACAAAGCUCCUUACCUGUAUAGCCCCCCAUCAUACGCCCACCUCCCGGCAUCCACCACGCUGCCCCCCAACCCGGCGGGGAUGCUCGGCAUGCCUCAGGACUCCUGCCACUUGGCCACAGCGCCGCAUCCGCACCCUCGUCACAAUCAUUACCCCGACCCACAACACCAAGCCAUGGCUAACGGACCCUUCCACCACGAUCAGGGUAUGGUCGGCAGCAACGGCACCGGCGGCUAUCACCACGGCUACCACCAACCCCACCCGCACGAGAGACUACCCGCUGACCUGGACAUCGACAUGUUUCAGGGCAGCUUGGACUGCGACGUGGAGUCUAUCCUCCUCCAUGACAUAAUGGACUCUGGAGAGGAGAUGGACUUCAACUUUGACUGCUCCCUUGCCCAGGGAGUGGGCAUCGGAAUGGGAAUGGGGAUGGGUGUGACUAUGGGCAUGGGGAUGGGAAUGAGUGGACUGGGCGGUGCACAGCAAACCAACAGCAACCAGAGCUGGGUCCCUGGGUAAACUGAGACGAUCCAUCUGGCACCCACAAAAGAACAAUUUUACCCAUAAAGCACUGUGCUCAACUGUGACAUUCCUGACUUGACACAGAGACUAUAGGACCAUGUCUUUCUUUAUUGUCUGUCACCCCCCCCCCCCCCCCCCCUCUCUUUUGGUAACCCCACCCCACCCCCUUCCCAAGAUCUAGCUCAUGUCUCAUUUGGUAUUUCCCCAUAUCAGCUAUAGUGUGAUGACAAUCUCUCAGCAUCAUUGAUUCUUGUCUACCAUGAGAGCUGAACUCUCCAUGCACUUUAUCGCAAGUGUGUUCACAGAGCAGCUCUUGCAGAUCCCGGCAUGUUUUAUGAGUUGAUAAACUGUCAGAAAUCAAACUCAAAUGGGCCCCUUAAUCAGUCAUUGUCAGAAGUAGGGACCAAAAAGUGCAACAACAUGAAAAAACAAAACAAAUCCAUUGCUGCAUUAUGAUUGCAGCACGUUAACACAAAAACCUUAGCAAAAACUCAAUAAAUGCAAAUCAAUUUUUUGAUCCGGAACGGUUUUCUUCAUAAUGAAAUUCAUCCUCAUGAGAUCCAAUCAAUUCUCACCAAUGUCUUAGCGCACCAUUCCUGUUAUUUACGGCCUCAUACAUCCAGACCUUGGCACUUUGACUCUUCUGUUGGAUGCGAUGUUUAGUUAAUGUCCUCUUGCCAUUCAGGCGAGGCGCGUUGUCACUACAUCACCAAAUAGAUUCUAUCAUUACUCGCUUGCAUGCAAUUUGGUGAAUUAAAAACUUGUAUCACCUUGUCUCACCUGGGCCUCUGGAGGCACUCACUCUCUAGCUCUUUUUCUCUUGCCCUACUGUCUGGAAGUGGCUCUCUCUCCCCGCCUGCCAGCGGAGACAAAGUGGCCAUUACUCACAGCGAGCCAUUAAUGGGGCUUGAUUGAAAUUCAGCAUCUUGCUUUUAAUCUCCAAAGUGAUGCGGCAGCGAUGCGUCAUUAUUGAGAAGCUAACACAUUGUCCUCUCACAUGGGGGGGGGGGGGGGUGAGAGUAGGGGUGGGACAGGCGAUUGUCGAGAAAGCCAAGAUGCUGCGAUGCCAAUGUCAGUGUCCACUUUUGCGUGAGACGGAAAAGAAAUCCAUCCCUAAAACCAAAAUAGUACUUGAUUCGAGGGCUGAGUUCUCACAUUUUUUUCCACUCCAUUUCACAUUGCCUUUCCGGCAAAUUGGCACGUCGGAGACUUAACCAUAGAGCCAGCAUUUAUCUACCCUUUCAGACGGAACACGCAGCCAUUGUGGCUUCACACAUCCAGAUCAUUUGAAGCGUGGCUACGUCACCACCAGCAUCUUUGACGGCGACGAUUCCUUUUGAUGCAGCUGUGAUGGUGCUUCACACUCUGGUUUGCUACGCCUCAGAUACUAGUUCGGAAGCCCACCGCCAUCCCGCAUCGGUCGGUAGCUUACGUGCAGAAUAGCAAGAUGUGAAAAAUCCAGUGUGCAAGGGGCUUGGGUCGAUGAGAAGCCCGUAAAGCCAUCCACACACACCACAAAUGACACCCUCCCAACCUGAACCCCUUUUUUUUCUGUGUGUUUAUUCUGUUGUUGUGUAGUUGUCGUUGUGUCGUUGCCAACCCACAGCGCUGACGUAUUAGAAGUGAGGAAACUCUUGUCGGUGAAAUGAUGUCGGUAGUAGUGCAAGUAUGACUUUCUUCUCAGCCUCCGGUCGGUCGGUCGCCCGCCCACGUGUGUGCUUUGCUCAAUUGUUUCUGUGUUUGUGAGUGGGGGUUGGAGUGCGUGUAGUGGAUAAAGUGGACCGAGGGUGAGGUAGGGGGGUGGGGGGGGGGCGGGUAAAGGGAGGCUGUCAGUCUGAAGCUUCUUUAUCAUUGGCCUUGAGGGAGUCAUAGAAAGGACACCCUUUUAUUUCUCCUUCUCUGGCUCCUCCAAGGAGACCCUCGCUGCAUUUGGGCUUGUAGACAAAAGCAAAAGGUGGGUUUGGGGUGGGGUUAUUGUUAGAGCCAAAGGUCAAACAUGGCAGAGACUAUCAGACCAUUAAGUGAGGUAAACACACCUCCAAUUGCAGGGCUUCUAGGUCGCACUGGUUCCAGUCAAACGGACUGGUGGAAAAGGUGUGGAGUCUUCUAAGCCAGUGUUCCCCAACCUUCUUUGCACCGCGGACCGGUUAGGAGUCGGCAUUUUUCUCACGGACCGGCUGUGGUGGCGUGCAUAUAUAUAUAUAUAUUGCA